GUGUGUGUUGACAGAUUUUCAGUGCUCUUGCUGUGUGUGUAAGCGGCACCCGUUCUGCCUCUGCUGGAGAGCUGCUUGUGUCCCAGAAGCACACCGCUCCGAGGCACGCAGCCCGCCUGAAUCUCUCCACAUUCCUGACCUCAGUGCCUGGAACCCUCUAUUCUCAGCUGUGAUCUCGCUCCAAGAUGACUGUCAUCAUCUCUCAGGAUGCAUAAACAUGUUGUGUGUGACCGUCUUGGUUUAAUGGGUCCAAUCAUCGGGAUGUCUCCGGAUAAGAAAGCCGAGAGCCCUGGGGUGGUGGCGGAGGAGCGUGCGGGGAGGCAGGCCCCGUGGGGCGGUGCGGGCACCCUGCCUGAGGCCCAGUGCGGCGCGUCCAGCCCGCUGGCCACGCGAUUGGACCAAGCAGCGGCCGACGAGGAGCUGACCAACCUCAACUGGCUCCACGAGAACCUUCUGCAGAACUUCACGCUGGGCGGGCCCGGUGGUGAAGCUGCACCUGGAGGGGGCGGCAGCCCGCUCUUCGACAUCGAGGGCGAGCCUGCGCUCGGCCCGUUGGCGUCGGCGUCCUCGUCGUCCUCGGGAGGGGCAGGCCAGAGCGGGGAGCGGGACUCGGUGAAGUCCAAGCCGCCCUUCUCGUUCUCGCUGCUCAUCUACAUGGCUAUCGAGCAGUCACCCAGCAAGUCACUCCCCGUCAAGGACAUCUACGGCUGGAUCCUUGAGCACUUCCCCUAUUUCUCCAGCGCCCCCACUGGCUGGAAGAACUCGGUGCGCCACAACCUGUCCCUCAACAAGUGCUUCCGUAAAGUGGAGAAGAAUCUUGGGAAGGUGAACGGGAAGGGCUCUCUGUGGUGUGUUGACCCAGAGUACCGGCCCAACCUGAUCCAGGCCUUGAAAAAGCAGCACUUCCCUACCGCACACGCCUUCUGUACACCACCCGCCUCCCCGCCCAGUGCCUCCUCGCCCCCGCGCCACCUCCUCCUGCAGGGCUGCUCCCUCAAAGAGUCUGACAUUGAUGCUGCCACUGCCAUGAUGCUCUUAAACUCGGCCCCCGGGCACCAUGCUGACCGAUGUGGUCCUGACAGUCCACUGGACCUGUCUCGUCCCGACUCAGUGCUGGUGAGCAGCGACCCUAAGCAGGACCACAACUACAGCAGCGUUCCCGUGCAGCGCUGCGCCUCUCCCGCCUCAUCCUCCUCUUCCUCCUCCGCUCUCCUCCUGGACGAGGGUGGCCGCCGUGCCCACCGGCAGCCCCGCCGCGCCGGGAGCGAGGGCUUCCACAGCGAUGAAGACUCGGACGCCGAGCCGGACACGUACCCCGAGAGCCCAGAGCAGCGGAGGGGCCCCCACGGGCGGCCUUCGUCUUCGCCUCCGCCGCCCUCGCUGAAGGCGCCGGCCAACAAGCGGGCGCGGCGCGAGGCCAAAGCCGAGCUGGACGAGGAGCUCAAGGAGGCGGCCGGCUCCCUGCUGCACCUGGCCGGCAUCCGCACCUGCCUGGAGGCCACCUCCAAACAUGCCGCCAGGAGCAAAAAACUGGGCAGGAAGUGAGGCGCGUGGAAGGUGUGCGUGUGUGUGUAGCGUGGCGUGGCGCCCGUCUUUUGUGGGAAAAGAAAAAGGAGAGGCUAAGGCCUCCUCUACAAGACGCAGCCUCUUCCCACCCUCCCUCCCUCACUCUCUUUCUCUAGUUCUCUCUCUCACUCUCACUCUGUGCUCCUGUGAACACUCCACAGAUUGCCCUUGACUUUGUGUCCUGGUGUGCAUCCUUCCCUCUCCUCUGAUCCGUGAAUUGUCCCAUUUUUUUUUUUGGACCAUCAUGACUAAAAAUCAAGAAAAACAGAAAAAAGUGACAAAAUGGAAAACGGUCCCUCACUCUCAGCCUCACCUAGCUCGACCAUAAUGACAACAAAGGCAAUAGAACCAUUCCCACAGGAGAACAAAGCCAUACGGGGACUUAUGUGAGGGACCGUAAAAGACAUUGAUGCCUAUCCAACACAGACCAUCUGCCUUGCAGUGGGUUUCGCGUCGUGUCAGAGUUCAAGGAUAGUGUUUUUUUUUUUUUUUUUUUUUUUUUUCUUUUGGUUUCAUUUUGUUUCCUCGAAAAAGAUGGACUACAAGAUGUUGCAUGCUUCCUCUUCAAAUCGGUGUCCUCUUCCACGUGAAUCUAUUUAUACAGAGAAUGAGUGCAUGUCUGUGUUAUAUAAAGCUAACUUCUCCUGGCCACUGUUCAUUCCCCAUUACCCACGCUAAAGAAGCGAAAAGACAAAAAAAAAUGUAAAAAAAAAGAAAACAAACAAAAAGUGAAAAGUGACCACCUCUUUUUUCGUCUGAAGUGUACUGCCUCACCUUCCCUACAUCCCCCCUACAAUAUGAGAUGCAAUAAUUAUAAUCACAAAAAACCUUUUAACCCUCGAUACUGGUCUGGGUUGAGAAUGUCACUGUCCUGGACUGUUGAUGUCAGAAAAAAAAAAUGUCUUUUUGUGGCGGUUUUGUUUCUGUUUUGUUUUGUCUGGUUCUUGCUUUGGAUCUCCAGCUCCCUUUCGGUGGCUACGGGUCCGUCUCAUGGCUGCCAACAAUCACAGUGUAUCCAUGGAGAGGGGCCUCUGCUCUCAACUACUCAAUGGACUUGAUGGGUGAAAUAAAAAAAAUAAAAAAAAAAGUGGCAAAGACACUCAAUGAACAGCCACUGCCUGGAGAGCUCGCUUGGGGGAGCAGGGGAAACGGAGAGGAGAGGGCCGAUUCUCCCCGCUCCAGCUGAGAAGAUCCUUACCCCCCUCACCCCUCCCUCUUGCCCCCUCUGGAUGGGAAUCCACUGUCUGUGCUCUUUCUCUCUCUCUCUCUCUCUCUCUUUCUCUCUUUCUCUCUCUUCUUGUUACUGUUGUCACAGUUUCUUCUCAGUUAUUUUGUUUCUAUGUGCAAACUGAGACUGAUAUUCGUGGCAAACCUCUUAAUUUGGUUUUCUGUGUUAAACCUAUGCAAAAAGAAAAGGCAACCGUGGUAGCUCUUGUUCAAAAAGUAUGACCAAUUAACCUUCUGUGUGUGUGUGUGUGUGUGUGUGUGUACAGUACAGUCCCAGAGCUAGAGCUGUGGUGCUGUGUCAGAGACGGAGAGGGCCGACACACACAGGUGCACAGCUCCUCUCUGGGAGGGGAGCUGGGAGGAGGAGCAAGAGCAUCUGCUUUCCCGUUUCCAAAUGGGACCUCAUCUCUGGGACCCCAGGGAUGUGCACCACACAGUGUUUAGAGCUCAGUUGUGGGACGUGUGUGUGUGUGUGUGUGAGAGAGAGAGAUCCAUGGCCGGCAGCCUGGACUCAUGUCUCCCUCUUUUUAAUAUUCGACGCGUUUAUUUUUGGUUUCACUGUGCUUUCUCCGCUCAUCACACUGGGUCAGGAUGGAGCUUGUUUAAUAAUAAUAAUGAUGAGGUGAUGGAUCACUGCCAAUGGAUCACAUUUGAUUAGAUGAAAGUUAGAGAGGAAUGUGUGUAGUGAGAGAAGAAGAACGGAACAGUUCUGUAAGCAGAGCAAAAAAGGUGGAUCUAGUGAUAGGUACAGUAAGAGUAGAUUGCACGUGCCACAGUGAAGUGGGGUGGAGAGUGAGAGGGAACUUUAGACUCUCAAGGAUCAGGGCUUCAGAAGGGUGUUGUCACUCAUUAGCCAAGUAAUUAGCCCAUCUGAGUGUCUAUCAGCAACACAAGUCCCACUGAGAAGCAUUAUAGUGUCAAAUAAAUCCCAGUAGUCAUGGUUUAUUUUGUGCCAUAAAGACCCUUUUUAAAAUUCAUUAUUGUUGCCAAAACAUUUUGAUUUGCUGCCAUGUACAUUUUCUCUGCAAAGGCUUUCUGAUUUGUGGAUCAAACUGAAGACAACUGUGCACUUGGUGAUGAGCUUUAGAGUGAUGGAGUGUGAUCUGCUCAGUUCAUGGUCUCUACAUUGAGAUUCUGACUUCUGAAUUAUUGUCAGAUCCUGUUCUGUCGCAUAGGUUUGUCUUGGCAAUGAUUUGCAAGUGAAGCCUAGUUAUGCUGGUCAGGACAAAUUGUAUUUUCUCUCAGCAUCACAAUGGCCAUACUGCCACAGAUCAAUGGUUUUGCUUGUCAUUACAUGAUGUUUUGUCAGAUGCACUGUUUGGGUGGGUCUUCCUAACCGAAACCAUUACUGCCAGGCCUCCUGUGUGUCAAUAAGCAGGUGUGCUAGAUUAUUAAAGAAGCUAUUGUUUUCAAACCUUUUUUUCUUCUAAUUAUUCAGUUAUUUGCCAACAUUUUACAAAUUAAUUCAUGUGACCUGAUCAUCCUGAAUCGACUAAUUCCAGAAUGACGUCUGGGUUUUUGCUCAUUAAGCUCAUUAUAGCUUAAUUUCUGACCAUUGUUUGUCAUUUGAUGUUAUUUAAGUCAAAGCUAGUUUAACUGCCAACUAUUCAUUUGUUUGUGCUGCCACAUUGCAAACAUAUGUUUGCAAGUCUGUCAACUUCCACAGAAGUCUGUUAGCCAGAGUUGAUUAGGACGAAUAAUAAAUAAUGUUCAUUCAUAGUACAUGGGUCUGUGUGGAGAUGGCCUCACAUUGGUCUUGCCAGUCUUUAUGAUUGCUUGAUGGAGUGAUUGAGAUUAGGGUGUGUAUUUUGUGAGUUGAGACAGUGCUGUUCUUGUAGAUGAUGUAAGCACCCCCAUUUGCAAGGACCCUUUGCCACUCACUCAUUAAUUGCUUUAAUUAAAUUAAAACAAUGCUUUGAGUUUUAUCAAAUGCCCAUUCACCAUUAUGAGUAUCAUUACCUUAUCUCCCUCUUGUUUUUGUCAUGUUGAACUAACUUGAGCUGCCAAUCCAGUAUCAGUUUGCGUCUGUUGUCCAAUGUCUGUCAGACAGACAUACCCUUGAGUUUUGUAUGCUAACCUCUGUUAAUAAAAUGUUUAUAAAGUUUAUUUUCGCCAAAGAUAUGCAAUUGCAUUAUAUAUGGUAUUACUGAAUAAAAAUGUUCUUGUUUUAA